GAACCUGUCUGGAUCCUUCAACCCUCUGCUCUGACUCGAAGGCAUCGGGAGAGGAGGGAGAAGAGAGGGAGGUAAUAGAGAGGGAAGUGGGUGAGGAAGGAGGAGAGGAAGCAGGAGAGGAAGUGGGUGAGGAAGUGAGAAACCAGAGUUCUCUGGAGGACGAGGCGACGUUGGGAAGCGACAGCGAGAAUCUAAACGCUAACGGGAUCGCCGGCACGCCCAUUUCUGCAGGAUUCACUCCGUCUCUGCCCGACGACAGGCUGUCUCUGUCCUCCACUGACACCCAGGAGUCAGGAGCAGCUCCAGGUCAGCCUCCAGGAGCAAAGUUCUCUCACAUCCUGCAGAAAGACGCUUUCCUCGUCUUCAGAUCGCUCUGCAAACUCUCCAUGAAGCCGCUGUCCGACGGACCGCCAGACCCAAAGUAAGAAACCAUGCAGCGCGGAAAAUAAGAUCAGAGUGU